UCUGAAUUACCACUCAUCCUUAUAUUUUCAGUUUUAAAGGAUAGAUAGACGGUGCUGGCCUUUGGAAUUCGUCAAGGCGUAAGGUUCGAAUAAAUAGUGCGGGGUUUUCAUUGCUACUUCUAGAUCACUGUUUUCGGAAUGUGAUCGGGGGCAGUGGAUAAAACCAAGUCUAUGAUACUGAUACGAAGGACAUAUACAUUGCUACUUGACAGCAACCUAUUUAGUUGAGCCUCAUUCGUUUUCUCUGCACGACGAUUUUCAUAAAGAAGUUGAAUAUCACGGAGGUAAAUCAUGGGUUCCAACAUAUCUGACCGAGCGUCGAGUGUCAAAGGCAGACGUAUAAGAAAGGAUGCCUGGGACGGAACAAACAUCUGGCAUCCGCAGCGAAAUCCCAACGGCUACAUCUCACUGGGUCUAGCAGAGAACUCCCUCAUGCAUUCCGAACUGCGUGAUUUCCUCAACACCAAAACCCCCAUCGACUCCAAUUCCAAAGCCUUCACCUACGGCGAUGCAUCACUCUCCCUCCGACUCGCCAUAUCUCGCUUCCUAACCUCUCAACUUCAACCCGCACGCCCUUUCACGCCAGACCAGAUGUUCGCAACAAGCGGCGUCAACGUCGCAAUCGAGCACUGCGCCUGGGGUCUCGCGAACGCAGGCGACGGCAUCCUCGUCGGCCGUCCCUACCACCGCAUGUUCAUCCAGAACAUCCAGCUCCGGAUGAACGUCCGCUUCAUUCCCGUCUCCUUCGGAGCCGAAGACCCAUUCCGCCCCGCCAUCGUCCAAGACUACGAAGCCGCAUUACACCUCGCCCACAGCCAGGGCAUCACCGUCCGCGCACUCCUCCUCUGCCACCCCCACAACCCCCUCGGCCGCUACUACCCCCUCGACACCCUCAUCCAACUCCUCAAGUUCUGCCAAAAACACCAGAUCCAUAUCAUAUCCGACGAGAUCUACGCGCUCUCCACCUUCCCCACCCGUGACACCCACCAAUCCUUCCACUCCGUCUCCUCAAUCGACACAACCGACCUCAUCGACCCGUCCCUCGUCCACAUCCUCUGGGGCCCGUCCAAGGACUUCGGCGCGAGCGGUCUGCGCACCGGCGUCGUGAUUUCGCAGUCCAACCUUGGGUUUCUCGCCGCGCUGCGGACAUGUGGGUUGUACUCUGCGCCGUCGUCGCUUGCGGAGAACGCGGUGGUGGAGGUGUUGUCGGACGGGGAGUUCGCGAGGGCGUAUGUGGAGGAGAAUCGGAGGCGGAUUGCGGAGGCGUAUGGGGUUGUUGGUGAGGUGCUGGGACGGUAUGGGUUGGAGUGGAGAAGGGGGGUGAAUGCGGCGUUUUUUGUGUGGGUGGAUUUGGGGAGGGCGUGGAUUGAGGCGAGGGGGGGAGGGAGCAGGUGGGAGGGAUUGACGGAGGAGAUUUGUGGGAGGUGUUUGGAGGAGGGGGUUGUGGUUGUUGGGGGGGAUUUAGCGGGCGCGGAGGAGGAAGGCUGGGUGAGGGUUGUGUUUACGAGGGAGAGGGGGGAGGUUGAGGAGGGGGUUAGGAGGAUUGCUAGGGCUGUGUUGGGGAAGGGGGUGGGUGUGAGGUUGUAG